AUCCAAUAUGGUUCGUGUUUCUCGUCUCCUUUACAAUUAUCGCGCCCCCCACGGAGGGCUCAAUUUGGCCCUACGCAGGAAACAUGGAUCCGUCUCCACUGUCCACAGAAGUCCAGUAUGACCCCUCGUUUGCCAUGCAGGCAAACGACAUGAAUACUGAUAUGCUUUCCACAGAAUACACUGACGUGGAGACGGAUUCGUUCGCUACGUCGGCGUACCGUCAGCCAAGGAUCAUCACCGGGAUAUUCAGCGCUGGUGGCAUCGUGGUGCUGAUGCUCCUUGAAAGAGUCUUCUAUUGGUUCAAGACCUUACUUGGGUUCCCGAUACGUGUAAUCAAGGCCAUCCUCUCAGCACCUUUUAGAAUUAUAUACACCAUCUUCAAUUUUCCGUUGUUCCUUCUGAACUUACCCGUCACAAUAGUAACAAAAAUAAUGCAAACAAUCCGGUUUAUUUUGUCUCCUAUUACAAGAACACUAAGGCUUGUCGCGAAAAUUACUAGAUUUUUGUUGGGUUAUCCAGUUAAGGUGUUCAACACAGAGUACAUAUUUUGGAGCCUAUAUGGGUUUUAAGAAAAAAGUUUUGUGAC